UCCCUCCAGACACGACCAGCCAAACUUAUCUGACUGUACACACCCUGCUGGCUGGAGAGCCGCGGUAUCCUUAUAGACAAAUCUUUCAAGAUAGCGUGCAUGAGCCUUCGGAAGUCGGGUCAGAGAUUCCCCUUCAUCGCUUUCCUCAUCACGCACCCCACACAUGGGCGGACGUUGUUCGACUUGGGCAUGCGCAAGCCUCCUGCAGUCAAGUCCAUCUUAGACGAGUACAGAGUAUACGGCUACUGUAGCGAGGACAUAGUUGAUGUGCUGAGGAAAGACGGGGUCGAUCCGGCAGAGAUUACGAAGAUCAUCUACAGUCACCUCCACUGGGACCCCGUCGGCGAUCCGACCCCCUUCACGAACGCCGAGAUCGUCCUCGGCUCUGACGCCAAGGUGCUCCUCGAAGACGCGUGGCCCUCUAACCCAGACAGCCCGUUCAUGGCGCUCCCUUCAAACAUGCACGUAGACUUCAUCGACUUUGCGGACCUGAAGAAAAAGGACAGGCAGGUCGCGCCGUGGGGACCGUACGAGCGUGCGGUUAACUCGUACGGCGACGGGUCGCUGUACCUGGUCGACUCGCCGGGGCAUUUCCCGGGGCACCUCGCCGCAGCGGCACGCGUUGGGCCAGACAGCUUCGUCUUCCUCGCUGGCGACACAUGCCACAACAGGCUCUGCCAUUCUCCCGGCGAGCGACUCAUCAGCGAGCGUGGUCAUUGUGUCAUCGCGUUGGCGCGGAAGUUGGCGCGGAAGACCGUGAAGCGGCUGAUAGAACUGGAUACGGGCUACCCGAACGCUGGUGUCAUCAUCACGCAUGAUAGCCUGAGGAAGGAGGAGAUGUCGUUCUUCCCAGAGCCUGACUUGUCUGACUUGGGGAGUUGGGUAGAGAAUGAGAUUGAGCAGCGGAAGCGGACAUGGAUCUCGACGAAUUUCAGAAUUCUACUCCCUUCACCAUUACGCACGUAUGCCAAGGUUUCCUGCUUGGUGCUGCCUCGCGGCACACCCCCUGCAAUUUGCCAGCCAAUGAAAUCGAUGUUUUCGGCGUGUACUGUAUGA